AUGGCACCUUCCGCCGUCACUCCUCCAAUCCUCACCCCCACCUCCCUCACCUUCCCCACAGCAGCCAACACAAACUCCUCCCUCAGCACCAACACUCCCAAUUUCCACGGCUACGACCACAUUACCUGGUAUGUAGGAAACGCCAAGCAAGCCGCCUCGUAUUACUGCACACGUCUGGGAUUCCAAACCAUCGCCUACAAGGGUCUCGAGACCGGUUCGCGCUAUAUCGCUUCGCACGUCGUUGCGAAUGGCAAGAUUCGUUUCGUCUUGACUUCGCCUGUAAAGGCAUACUCGGCACUCAAAGAUGAUGAACCGAUUACGGAAAAGGAGAGAGAGUUGCUGAGAGGAAUAUAUGAACAUCUCGAGAAGCAUGGGGAUGCAGUUAAGGAUGUGGCUUUUGAAGUGGAUGAUGUAGCGAGUGUUUACUAUAAUGCGGUUGAGCAGGGAGCAGUGGGUGUGCAGAAACCAAUCAAGGCAAAGGAUGAGGAUGGGGAUGUUACAACCGCCAUAAUCCGCACUUACGGCGACACAACCCACACCCUCAUUUCCCGCAACAACUACACGGGGGUCUUCCUCCCAGGCUACCGCGCGAUCCCCGCCUCCAAAAGCGACCCGCUCCACGCAUUCCUCCCCAGCAUCCCGCUCGAAGCCAUCGACCACUGCGUCGGCAACCAAGACUGGGGCGCCAUGCAAUCCGCCUGCGAGUACUACGAAAAAUGUCUCUCCUUCCACCGCUUCUGGUCCGUCGACGACUCGCAGAUCAGCACCGCCCACUCCGCCCUCAACAGCAUCGUCAUGGCCUCCCCCAACAACGUCGUCAAGAUGCCCAUCAACGAGCCCGCCCCCGGUCUGCGCAAGAGCCAGAUCGAGGAGUACGUCGAUUUCUACUCCGGCGCUGGCGUGCAGCAUAUCGCUCUCCGCACCCCCGAUAUCAUCACCGCCGUUUCGAAUCUGCGCGCCCGGGGCGUGGAAUUUAUCACAGUGCCGGAAACAUACUAUGAGACGAUGAGAGAACGUCUCUCGGAUAAAAAUUCGGGGAUCAAGUGGGAAUUGAAGGAAGAUUUUGAGGAGAUUAGAAAAUUGAAUAUAUUGAUUGAUUUUGACGAGGGAGGAUAUUUACUACAGCUUUUCACCAAACCAUUGAUGGAUCGCCCGACGGUCUUUUUGGAAAUCAUUCAGAGAGAGGGAUUCGAUGGGUUUGGAGCGGGAAAUUUCAAGAGCCUCUUUGAGGCGAUUGAGAGAGAGCAGGAGGAGAGAGGAAAUUUGUAG